AUGUUGCAGGGUUUACGACGAAAAAUUGGUCGCUAUGCACCGCGCGGGGGUGUUAAGGGGACAUUAGAGGAAGAGAAUGAGCACCGUGUGCUUGAGGUGGAUGCUACACCCAUGGAGGCGGCUGUAUGGCAAUUUACACGCCUUGACAAGGCUUUGAAAGAACUUGAGUCGCAUUUGAUACAAUUGCUCGAUCAAAUUCAUAGUGCUUGUGCGACAAUGGCUAUAGUGGCCGAAGUUUUUGCUGAAACAUGCUGUGACGGUGAAUGUCAUGGAGAAGAUUAUAAAGCUGCUACAAAACAAAUUGAAGUGCAGGAAGCAGAGCGAAUGGAGCAGUCGAUUCGAUUUACUGUACUUGAUCCCCUACAAGCCAGGUUGGAGCGACAUGGUCAGUUGAAGUAUCAACUCGACGCUUGGGAAAAACUAGCGGCAGAGCUGAAAGCACAACGUGCCGUGAUGUUAAAGUUGCAUUCUUCGGGUCUUGAUGAUGAAGAGAAACGAAGACAGACAGAAUUUGACUUACAUCGAGUGGCAGCGGCGUUAGAGGUGGCAGAAUCGACUUUAUUGCCACAACUGGAAAACGCGAUUCAAUCGAGUGCGACACGUGCGAAUAAUCUAUUUAGCACUACGCGCCUACAAACUGCAAUUUUCUUUCGUAACGCCAAUCAAACCGUUCUUUCGAGUCUAUCAACGCUAGAAAAAGAGAUUGUAGCAGAAGCUAACCCGCCACUUAAGUUUUCAACCAUCUUGAGAAAUACGCUUCCCAGCGUGUCUUUAUCUACCCCAAGAUUCAAGCUAAGCAAAAUGUCCAGUGUGGCAUCCGAUGGGUGGACUGAAGUGGAUGGAUCGACUUCUUCAGUCGCCCAUGACGGAGUCGAAACGAUCUCCGGUAGUGACGAAGAUGACGAAAAUUCUAGUUUAUUGGUUACCAUUGACGACUUUGAGUCUGGUAGAGUGGCACCACAGGUGUACAAGCGCGAAGAUGAUACUUUAAUGAUGCAACUAAGGACCAAGAACACUGACACGUCUCGGUUUAUGACCCUGGCUUCAUACCCUGUGGUGGCCCGUGAUGAUUGCGAUCAAGAUAUUAUAAACGAGGAGCAGCUGAGGUUGCUUCGUCGCUCGGCUUCACCGUCGUCACGAACAGUGAGUUUGAUUCCAUGCACAUCACGAAUGACAGUGAGUAUGCUGUCGUCCAUCGGUAAAACUAUUCGAGGUAAGCUUAGUCACUCUUCUGGAGAAUCAAAAACGAUUCGCCAGCGAUCAGCACCAAACUCGGCUACCUCCCCAGUUAGUCCACAAAGUGUGGACAAUUCAUCUCUGUGUGUCGAUGCGCUCAUUACUAUCUCAAAAGUACCAACCGAAUGGUUUACCAUCGAAGGCUGUCUAUGGGAUAUUGACGCGAGGGCAGCUAAGUUUCUUGGCAAGUCGCUUUUGCCUGCAGAUUCCAUCACCGCCAAUACAGACGAUAAUGAAACUCUGUACUUCGAGUGCUUAUCUUAUCUACGUGUUGAAGAUCUUGCGCGACUAUCCAAGGUCAAUUUUAGGCUUCACUCUCAUUUGGUAGACAGCGCCCCUAUCUGGAAAAAGUGCAUUCGAUCUGGUUGUAUCUCGCCAGCAAUUCGUAGCUCGCUAUGGCUCUCCGUUUUUUAUGAAUCGACACCAUGGCGAUCUAGUGCAAUCGCGUCGCACUACUUAUCUGCUGAUAGACGACGUGGAAUGUAUGACCAGCUAGUGUCGAAAGUUGGGAUGAAAGUUGUUGACGGAUUAGCUACCGAUGAAUCGUCGGUGCAUGAUGAUGACGCUCAGCUUGCUGUUUGGUUUCGAGAAAUCGACGUUGACGUCGUGCGAACGUGCCAUCGAAUUUAUGAUGCGAGAAAAGCUGUUACGAAUGUAUCCUUAGCCCGGUCGAAAUUUGAUGGUGAUAGUGCGAUUCAAAACUCAGUAGCGUAUAUUCUUAAUGAGAUGUCCGAUGCUGUCGCAAGGACGAAGGGAGGCGAUGAUUGCGUUAGUCCAUUUGCUGCAGCGUCACAAACGAUGAAUAGGAGUCGAUCGGGUACUAUUAGCUCAGAUUUGGAAGCCAAAAUGCGUCGUGUUUUACGUGCGUACGUCGUUUAUAAUCCUCGGGUGGGUUAUUGUCAAGGAAUGAGCUUUUUGGUUCGCUUACUGGCAGAUGUAGCAGAAGACGAAGCUGACAUCUUCUGGUUAUUCGUGGGGUUCUCUGAACCAGAGAACGAUCGUAAUUUGUAUGAACCUGGAAUGGCUGUACUCCAGCCGUACCUCUCCAAGUUUGAAGUGCUGUUUUCGACACAUAUGCCAGAGCUUUUCAGGCACUUUCAGUCCGAGAGUGUUCACGUGGCUACUUUUUGCACUCGAUGGUUUCUGACAUACUUUUCGUCCUUUGAGACAUUGGCGCCAGCUAUCGUGACGCAACUCCUGGAUAUUUUUAUAAUUGAUGGCUGGCGUAUCAUGUUUAGUGUCUCGCUUGUCAUUUUGGAAGAGCUUCAGCAAGAGCUUUUGAAAUGCGAUAUGGAGGGAAUUUUGCGUAUUUUAAAAUCUCCUCGCGGCCACAUGCCAGAGCCUGACUAUCAUCGUCAGCGACAGCUUGUGCGUCAUGCACUUGCAUAUAGUACUUCUCGGACUAUCAACUCGAUAUGA